CCACACACACACAGUACAUACAUAGUACGUUCAAUUCUUCUGGCCCCACAUACCAAUUCAAGGCACACAAACUUUUCUUCUCCACAAGUAUCAAUUUCAUAUCCCAUCUUUUCACCUUCGAUAUUACUUUCUACGAGUCCUUUGCAUACUUCACAAAUCUUGCCACCCCAUAUAAAUUUAUUUUCAUUGUGCUGCAUGUUCUAUUUUAUGAAUUACGGUCUUGCCUCAUUAUCAUCAGUCUAACCUUCAACCAGCCUAUCAACUUCGAGAUCUCAACCACAACUGACUGACAGACACCUGAAUUGACUUCGUCAUGGACGGAUUUAACCCUUACAACGGAAAGCCCCCAUCCAAUGGUUCCGGCUCCCAAGGAGAUGCUGGUUCCCAAGGAGCGGGCGGUGCCGUCCCCCAGUCCGGCCUUCCCAUGGCUCCGACUAAUGGCCAAGGCAAUGGCGACAUGGGACAGAACUUCACUUCAGAUUCUGCUCGCCAAACCCUCUGGAUGGGUGAGCUUGCAGGCUGGAUGGAUGAAGGAUUUAUUCGUACCCUCUUCCAGUCAUCCUUGAACGAGAACGUUCAGGUCAAGAUAAUUCGCGAUCGUCACUCUGGUGCCGGAUACUGUUUCGUCGAGUUUACCAGCCCUGAUGCUGCCCAGAAAGCUCUUCAGUUGCAUGGCACACCUAUUCCGAACACCGAUCGCAUGUUUCGCCUCAACUGGGCUUCUGGUGGCGGUCUUAUUGACCGUCGCGACGACAGGACCCCCGAGUACUCGAUCUUCGUAGGAGACCUUGGUCACGAAGUCAAUGAGUUUGUAUUGGUCGCCCUGUUUCAGGCGCGCUUCCCUAGCUGCAAGUCAGCUAAGAUCAUGACGGACCAGCAAACUGGACAAUCGCGCGGUUAUGGUUUCGUUCGAUUUUCCGAUGAGCAGGAUCAGCAACGUGCCUUGGUAGAGAUGCAGGGCGUGUAUUGUGGUAACAGACCCAUGCGAGUUUCACCCGCUACGCCUAAGAAUCGCAGCAACCACCAGAAUGCCCAAUUCAAUCAGUAUGGCCACCAGAUGAUGCAGCCACCACAGGUUGCAGCCCAUCAUGGGGGUAUGGGUCCGCAAUGGAUGCAGCAGCAACAGCCGCCCAACUAUGGCUACCAACAGCAGCAGCAGCAGCAGCAACCAGGCACCUUCAACCCCUUAACUAUGAACCAGUUCACUGACCCCAACAACACAACGGUCUUCGUUGGAGGUCUAUCUGGCUAUGUCACCGAAGACGAGCUUCGAUCCUUCUUCCAGGGUUUCGGCGAAAUCACCUACGUCAAGAUUCCUCCUGGAAAAGGUUGCGGCUUUGUGCAGUUUGUUCAUCGUCAUGCGGCUGAAAUGGCGAUCAAUCAGAUGCAGGGCUAUCCCAUUGGCAACUCGCGCGUUCGUCUCUCUUGGGGUCGUUCCCAGAAUAACUCAGGCGUUGGAACCCCCUACCGUCCUGCGCCACCCCCGCCUCAUUAUUUCCCUCCCGGUCCUCCUGGACCGCCCGGCCCUGGUCCUUUUGGUGGUCCUGGUUUUGGCGGCAAUGGUCAUCAAGGCCCCCCUCCUGGUGGCUUGGGUCCACAGUAAAAUUGGGACAUCCAAUAUUUUAGCAUAACCGGCGUCCUGCGUUUCUGGCGUUUCGGCAUGCUUCUCCGUCUUCUGCAUCAC